AUGUCUGCUCAGAGCAUAGCUCGCUGGAAUGCAAUUCCCAUGUCUCGACCUGAUACAGACACUCAAGAACAAGCACAAUUUGUGCAAAACCAAACGAAUUCUAUGAAGCGCUCUCACCAAGAUGUUGAUGACGACGACGACGACGGCGUCUCGCUAGUCUCAAGGUCACCGUCGCCUACUCCCGAUGUAAUGGACAUUGAAAAAUAUGACGAAUAUGUCCGCGGUCCAGAAAGGGAGGUUAUCACCAUCGAGACCAAGAUCAAAAGCACCAACAAGGGCUUUGCGAUGCUCGCAAAACUUGGUUGGUCAGAGGGUCAACCGUUGGGACUAUCUGCAGAUGGCACGUUCAAUCAUUCCUCGCGCGUCGAUCCUAUACCAUUUCAUGUGAAAAAUGAUUUGACUGGUCUAGGAAAAACGACUCAAGAUUUUCGAAUGAUCGAGACAACAGUUGCGGAAAGGCGCAAGUUGGACUCUGAGCGACAACGAAAGGAAACCGGGUAUCAAAGAAAAGCACGAGAGGCGAGCCCAAACGACGAUGCCGCCCGUCGGGCUGCACUCAAGUCGGAAAUUUCAGACACCCUCAAACCGUUCUACUGUGCGCUUUGUGAGAAGCAAUUUCAAAAUGUCGCGCAGUAUGAUGAACACACAAACUCGUACGCGCAUCACCACAAGGCACGCCUCCGGGAUAUGCAAGCCAACACACGUAUGACUACCCAAGAAGAUGUCGAUAAGCGUAAGGAGAAAGAGCGCAAGCGAGAAGAAAAGGAGCUUCGCAAAAUUGCCAAGGCUGCUGGGAUAAAGAUGGCAAAACCUACAGCUACACCAGCCAUCGUUCCUCCUGCACUCGCCUCUGCUGCUGCAGAGGCGUCACUUCCAUCUGAGGCUCAAUCAAGCAACUUGAAGAAAGUUGGCUGGGCAACCGUAUCAGCACCAGUUGAGCCUGUGACCGGUUUCAAGCGGUCAGGUUGGGCAUCUUUGGAUUCCAAUGCGUCCUCUGCGCCUCUCGCACCACUUCCGCCACCGCCAGUGGCUAGUCCGCCUCCAACCUCUUUUAGCGCAGCUACGCCAACAUUUCGCACUGGUGGCUGGACAUCUCUUGAUGUCGGUAGCUCUCAGUCCGUCAGACCGCCUCCUCCCGACAAUACUGCAGCGCCACCACCUCCGCCACCCUAUGUAACACCGCCUCAUCCUCCAGUUACUCCUAUGAAUGCGUUCCCUCUAGGCGGUCGACCUCCAACCCCGCCAGCAAUUGUGCGUCCACCUAGCGUACCUCUCCCUCCCUGCAUGCCUCCGCCCAGUGGGCCACCUCCCUUGCCUCCCACAACAGGCGGCUGGGGACCUACUGCGCCCGUCUCAGAUUCUAAGAGACGCGACCAAAGUUCUGCUUUUGCGCCGACGUUUUCCCAACCCGCGCCUCCAGCAGUAGCUGCUCCACCUACAUCAACCAGUCUAAAGGUUGCGGUUCCGCCGCCUGCUGUUCCUCAAACGAGAUCAGGCUGGCAGCAGUGGAAGCAAAAUUCUGGGUCGAAACGGAGAUAG